UCCAGCCUCGCCUCGCCGCGCCGCGCUCUCUGCGCUCCCCCAAAGUGGCUGCAAGCCGGCCGCCCACUUUCAGGGUUUGGGGGACAGAGAAAGUGAUGUGCGCCUUCUAAAGCCACGCUGAGCCGCAGCCGAAGCAGCUUCAUCGCUCCAACUUUCUCCCCCCUUCCCGACCUCACGUCUUCUCUUGACCCUGCCCUCAACCCUCCCCAAAGCCACUUAGGGUGCGUGCGCUUGGGUGAGGGGGGUCACCGGCUGUCCGGGAUGGCUUCCAAUUUUAAUGACAUAGUGAAGCAAGGGUACGUGAGGAUCCGGAGCAGACGCCUAGGGAUUUAUCAACGAUGCUGGUUAGUAUUCAAGAAGGCUUCAAGCAAAGGUCCAAAAAGACUGGAGAAAUUUUCCGAUGAGCGUGCUGCAUAUUUUAGGUGUUAUCAUAAGGUUACAGAACUCAACAAUGUGAAGAACGUAGCUCGAUUGCCAAAGAGCACCAAGAAACACGCCGUAGGGAUUUAUUUCAAUGAUGAUACCUCCAAGACCUUUGCUUGUGAAUCAGAUCUUGAGGCUGAUGAAUGGUGCAAAGUACUCCAGAUGGAGUGUGUAGGGACGCGGGUCAAUGACAUCAGCCUUGGAGAGCCUGACUUACUGGCUACUGGAGUUGAGAGAGAACAGAGUGAGAGAUUCAAUGUGUAUUUGAUGCCAUCUCCUAACUUAGAUGUACAUGGCGAAUGUGCCUUGCAGAUUACAUAUGAGCACAUCUGUCUUUGGGACGUCCAGAAUCCCAGAGUCAAACUCAUCUCUUGGCCGCUAAGCGCCCUGCGGCGGUAUGGACGAGAUGCUGCUUGGUUCACUUUUGAGGCAGGGAGGAUGUGUGAGACUGGUGAAGGGCUGUUUAUUUUUCAAACUCGAGAUGGGGAGGCCAUCUACCGGAAAGUGCACUCUGCUGCCUUGGCCAUAGCUGAGCAGCAUGAGCGCUUGCUACAGAGCGUGAAAAAUUCAAUGCUCCAGAUGAAGAUGAGUGAGCGGGCCGCCUCCCUGAGCACCAUGGUGCCCCUGCCUCGCAGCGCCUACUGGCAGCACAUCACGCGGCAGCGCAGCACAGGCCAGCUCUACCACCUGCAAGAUGUCACCAGCCCUCUGAAGCUUCAUCGAACAGAGACUUUUCCCGCCUACCGAUCUGAGCACUGACAGUAACUGCCAAGAAUUGUGUGUGACGCGCUUGCGAUGGGUUAGCCACAGAUCCACCCCGGAGGUCACAGGAUGGCAGCGAGAGAAGCCAUGAAGAAAAGAAGCUUCAAGUCCUGGCUAAUUGUCUCAUCAUUGGGAAACGCUGCAAUACAAAAUUUGUCUUUUUCUUUUUUUCCUUUCUUUUCUUUCUUUUUAAAAAAUCUUAGCGUGAUUGAAGCAUACUGUAUAGAUAUCAACUUUUGUUCCCUCUUUUACAGCUGGACAGAAAGGAGUCAAUGCCACAAAAUGAUUUUCUAUUGUAGAUAUCAUGUCCUUGCACCUCUCUGGAUCUAUCCUUUUGUGGAUUCUUGUGAUUUUCCUUCUGAGUGUUUCAAUUGUAUGACAGUCAGUACUGACAGUAAAAUGGCUCUUAAUUAUUUGUUAUUUGUUUAUAUCAUAUUCCUCAGUUAUUAAUAUUAUGGUUCUAGUUAACUAUUGGAAAUCAUAUUUUAUUAUAUUACUAGUUAGUUAAAUCAGUGCUUUGAUGCAUUCUUACCUAUUAUGUUAAGAAAUAACUUUUUAAAAGCCCCUUUAGUAUUCUUUCCAGGGUUACCAUUUCUCCCUCACAGGAUCCCCCCACUUCCUUUUCUUAAAGCCUUUAUUUUGUCUGGAGUACCUUCAUAAAACAUUUUAAAAUAAAAGGUCA